UCUUGACAGAGCCUCUCUCUCUCUCUCUCAGACGCACACGGAAAUAGAAUCAGAAGCAAAAAUGGCAGAUCUAAGCCCAAAAUUCGCAUACACGGUGGUGUACGUGAAAGACGUACAGAAAUCUGUAGACUUCUACGCUAAGGCCUUCGGCUACAACGUCCGUCGCUUAGACCAAUCUCACAGAUGGGGUGAACUCGAGAGCGGGCCAACGACGAUAGCGUUCACACCACUACACCAGCACGAGACCAACGACAUAACGAAAUCGAAAGUAGAGCGGGCACCUGUUGAGGUCUGCUUCGUGUAUGAAGAUGUCGAUGCUGCAUAUAAGAGGGCUAUUGAGAAUGGGGCAGUUGCUGUAAGUGCACCGGAGCCGAAGGAAUGGGGACAGAAAGUAGGGUACGUCCGGGACAUUGAUGGUAUUGUAGUCCGCAUGGGAAGCCAUGUCAACCCUCCAUCUCACUGAUUUAUGAUAUUUUUCUAUAAAGGGUACUUCUGGUAUUUUCAGCAAAGUCUACGUUUAGUUUUGUAAUCUUGAAUGGUACUCUUUGGCACUCUUGUCAUAAGUAAUAACACGAUGGUAUUUUUGUGUGUU